AUGGGGUCGUUCAUGAGCGCGUUACGCCUUGCAAUGGCCCUGUCGUAUUUCCCGGAUUUGGCGUCUGUGUCGUGUCCCAUGUCCAUGUACGAUUUGGCUAAACACGAGACCAAGCAAGCAAAGAAGGGUGUUCGGAAAGUCCAAGAUGGUGACUCGGUUGACCAAACCAAGAAGAAAUCAACACUUAAGGGCCAAUUAAUUCAUCGCUUCCACCAGGCGUUGAAGGAAUCACAAGAGGACAGAGCAAUCGGCACCGGUGCUAUCCGAAAAGCACGUUGGGAACAAGCAGCAAAGGGCGGACAGACAGGUAGAGAGGAUGUACUGGCAGGUAAUUCUGCAAAUGCCGUCGCUGUUGCGACUUCUCAAGCCAUAAAGAGUCAACGACGAACAGGACGCACAAAGAAGACAGAAGAUAUUUCGUACCUCAAAGGUUCCGGCACUUGA